CGGGGCGCGCGGGCUCCGCCAGAUGUGCAGCAGCUGCAGCAACAGCAGCCUCCGAAGCGGCCGCGGCCACAGCAGCCUCGGCAGCCGCCGCCAGUGACCGGGCACGGGCCGGAGCGGGGGGCGCUGCAAGGCGCCGCGCCGGGCAAGACCGAGACUGAGCCACCGGGGAGUCCCCGGGACCCUCCUGCGCAGCCCAGCCCACGCCUCGGGCUCGGGCUCCGGCUCGGGCAGAUGGAGGGGGCUGCGCCUCCGCAGCUGGCCGGCCCCCCUCCGCCCCCCGGCUGCGGCGCCUCGGACCCAGGGUCGGGAGCUGCAGCGGCCGCGGCGGCUACGGGGACCCCAGCCCCGGCGGGCUCGGUGGCCAGCUUGGGCACUCUGGCGUCCGGGGCGGCCACGGAGCUGAGGAAGCAACAGCAGCAGCAGCAGCAGCACGGGGUGAAACGACACCAUCACAAACACAACCUCAAACACCGCUUUGAGCUGCAGGAGACCCUGGGCAAGGGCACCUACGGCAAAGUCAAGAGAGCCACCGAGAGGUUCUCGGGCAGAGUGGUUGCCAUAAAAUCCAUCCGUAAGGAUAAGAUUAAAGAUGAACAAGACAUGGUUCACAUCCGACGGGAGAUUGAGAUCAUGUCGUCCCUCAGCCAUCCUCAUAUCAUCAGCAUUUAUGAAGUGUUUGAGAACAAGGAUAAGAUUGUGAUCAUCAUGGAGUAUGCCAGCAAAGGGGAGCUGUAUGACUACAUCAGUGAGCGGCGGAGGCUCAGCGAGAGGGAGACAAGACACUUCUUUCGGCAAAUAAUCUCUGCGGUGCACUAUUGUCAUAAGAAUGGUGUUGUCCACAGGGACUUGAAGCUGGAGAACAUUUUGCUUGAUGAUAACUGUAAUAUUAAGAUUGCUGACUUUGGUCUCUCCAACCUCUAUCAAAAGGAUAAAUUUCUGCAGACUUUUUGUGGAAGUCCCCUUUAUGCAUCCCCAGAAAUUGUCAAUGGAAGACCUUACCGAGGCCCCGAGGUGGACAGCUGGGCACUGGGUGUAUUGCUUUAUACUCUGGUUUAUGGGACAAUGCCCUUUGACGGCUUUGAUCACAAGAAUCUCAUCCGCCAGAUCAGCAGCGGUGAAUACCGGGAGCCCACGCAGCCUUCAGAUGCCCGAGGACUGAUCAGGUGGAUGCUGAUGGUCAACCCAGAACGCCGCGCCACCAUCGAGGACAUUGCCAACCACUGGUGGGUCAACUGGGGCUACAAGAGUAGCGUUUGUGACUGUGAUGCCCUGAGGGACUCAGAGUCCCCGCUGCUGGCUCGGAUCAUUGAUUGGCAUCACCGUUCCACUGGCCUUCAAGUGGAGGGGGACACCAAGGCCAAGGGUUUGGCCAAACCUGGUGCCCCGGAAGGUGUGUUGGAAAGGCAGAGGUCACUGAAGAAGUCUAAGAAGGAGAAUGAUAUUGCCCAGUCCAGCCAGGAUGGACCAGCAGAGAGCCCGUGCAAGUCCGGCUCCAAGAGGCCCAAGAGCAUCCUGAAAAAGAGAAGCAACAGCGAACAUCGAUCCCACAGUGCGGGUUUCAUUGAAGGGGUGGUCAGCCCCACGCUGCCCUCUGGUUUUAAGAUGGAGCAGGAGCUGUGUAGGACUGGGACACCCCUGAAGAGCCCCGUGGAGGCCGAGGGAGCUGGCAAACUUGGACCCAAGCAGUUGGCGACGAUGCCCAAAAAAGGCAUCUUGAAGAAGACCCAGCAGAGAGAAUCAGGUUACUACUCUUCUCCCGAGCGGAGUGAGUCAUCCGAGUUGUUGGAUGGUAAUGAUGCCCCGGGAGGCAGCAACCUCCCCUCGCCGGGGGUCCCCGACUCAGCCCGGGGGGGCCCCCACAGCCUCUCUUACCGGAGGAAGGGCAUCUUGAAACACAGUAGCAAAUACUCGGCGAGUAGCACAGACUCCACACUCCUCAGCCCCGGGGCGCCCACGCUGGAAUCCACGGAGGAGCGUGGUGUGCCGGGGGAAGGGCUCUCUCGGAGUUACAGCCGCCCAUCCAGUGUGAUCAGUGACGAUAGCAUCCUGUCCAGUGACUCCUUUGACCUCCUCGACCUGCAGGAGAGCCGGCCUGCCCAGCAGCGGAUCCGGAGCUGCGUCUCCGCCGAAAACUUCCUGCAGAUCCAGGAUUUUGAGGGGCUUCAGAACAGGCCACGACCUCAGUACCUGAAACGGUAUCGAAACCGGAUGGUGGACAAUAGUUUCUCCCUGCUCACGGACAUGGACGAUGUGACUCAGGUGUAUAAGAAAGCCCUGGAAAUCUGCAACAAACUUAAUUAGCGGCUGGGUGGUGGGGAGCCUGGGGAGGGGAGGGUGGGCCGAGGGGAGUGACGGAUCACCUUUGUGCUGGUGGGGAUACCUGCCUGGUUCUUAGUUUACUGACAGAUAGCGAGGAUCUCCAAACCUGUUGGAGGAGUCUUCCUCUGCCAAAUCCUGUGAGUGUGCCAAGCUGCACAGGGUGCAUGAAAGGAAAGGCCUGCGUAUCUGCCAGAGCCGUGUGGUCUAACUAGCAUAUACCUGAUGCCAUCUGUUCUGAGGUCCCAGUGGCUGGCACGAGUGUCUAGGAGGUCUCUCAGAAUUCUCGUCCAGAAUGCUUCUGGGCAACGGCAGUGGGGGGAAAGUAAAAGUG